AUGCGCAAUCAAGCGUGUGAGCCGUGUGCUAAGCGCAAAGUUCGCUGCGACAAGGAAGAGCCGUGCUCAAAUUGCAAGCGAAGAAAGCAAGAUCACUGCAGCUAUGCUGAGCCCCCUGCUACCAACGGCAUCAGAAAGCCCGAACAUGUCGCCAGACCAUUUGUUAGCCGUUUGUCAGAUAGUACGGCCAUCUCGCCUGGAGCGCAUGUUGCCAUUUCACCUCAUCAGAGCCAAGAAGCGGCUACUCCAGCCGAUAAAAACAGCAAAGAUCCUGUUAUAGUGGAACAGGAUGGGCAACAAUACUAUCUUGAGUCACGUGCAUGGUUUGUUCAUGGACAUCGUGAAAGCGGACAUCGCACUGUCGCGGCGACUCACCCGCUCCUCCUCAAGUCUGCUCCGGCAGCCUUCGAAAGCAUCCUAGGUGCCUACUCAGCAUCUCAAGUUUCUAUACCGAAUUGCUUGAGAGAAAAGGGGCAAAUGGUGUUUGCUAUCUACAAACAAAGAGUGCAUCCCUUUAUCAAGAUCAUGUUCAAUUGGGACCUGGAGCGUCUCGAGUUAGCCAUGACAUCAACAAGCUCAACACUACUCCUGGAUGAUGCUGAGAAAUCACUUGUUUCUUCUAUUCACUUGGCCAGUAUUAUUAGCCUGACCGACGCCGAAUGCAGGGAAAGGUUUGGGCAACCACGCACCUUCAUCGUCACCGAGUGCGUUGUAAUGUGCGAGAAGGCAAUUGCCAAGACGAACCUGCUGAGUAUUAAAAAUGUGGUUGCUCUCAAAGCCCUGGCAAUCUAUUUGUUUGUAAGCCUGGAUUGUCUCAGUACGCAAAGUCUGUGGACUUUGAUGGGACUCGCCAUCCGCAACGGCGAAAAGCUGGGUGUCCAUCGAGAUGGUACCCUUCUGGGCCUCUCUCCACCGGAGACGGAAGAGCGCAGGCGCCUUUGGUGGCAGCUGCAGUACCUCGACUUGAUCUUAGCAAUAAGGCUAGGAGUAACUCCCUCGACUCUCAUGAUUGAAUGGGAUGCAAAGUUGCCUCUCAACAUUGAGGAUGAGGACUUUACCCCGGGAAGCGAGACAUUUCCCAAAGAAAGAGUCGGCCUGACCAGCAUGGCAUACUGCUUGUUCACCUACUAUGUCUUGUACGAGCAGCGCCGAUACCACGCAGACAAGGGCCGAUUUGAGCUGUCGUGGUCGACAAACCAGUCAAUACCCAUCCGGACCAAGGAAACUUUCAUUGAUCAUCUAGAAGAUGGGUUGAACAAGAAAUUUCUUCAGUAUUGCGAUCCAAUUAAACCUCUGCACACGAUAUUACAAAUUGCAUCCCGAGCCCUCAUCUGCGUCUUUCGGCAGAGAAUUUUAUUGACUGGGGGCCAUGUUAAUCAAGAGGAUCGCGGUGCACUUUUGGCGUUAUCAGCGCAAUGUAUCGAAUAUUCCAUUGCGUUUCACUCGCAUCAGAAUAUCCGAGCGUUUCGUUGGUUGACUACGAAUGGCUUUCCAUGGCCUGCAUUCAUGAUUGUGCUGAUCGAAGCCUCGAACGAGACCGACGCAGAAAAGUGUCAACGUGUAUGGACGGUGCUAUCGGACCUUUAUACAACCAACACAUCUCUUCUCGAGUUCGUAGAAGACCGCAGAAGACUCCACGCAGCCGAGUUGACAGUGGCAGCAUGGAAGUCUUGCAAGACCAAGGGGACUGUCGAUCGAGACGCUCCAAAGCCUGAAUUUGUUCGAGAUCUCGAGGACCGUCUAGCCAGAUUCAUGGCGACAUCAACAGAAGUAGCUGCCGCACAAGAUAUGGGCAGACAUGAAGAACCGGUAGCGACUGACGCCCCUCAGAGCUUCUCCCUUGAAGAUGAGGCAGAUGGUCUAUUCGAUCUCAAUUUCGAAGACAUUGACUGGGCCUUUUGGAACAACUUCGCAAAUUGA